CUUAGCGCCCAUUUCAAGUUCUUGUUAUUUUGAGCUCAACGUUGGUUUGUUGCUGUUGUGUUAACUUGCCCUAUUCUAUGUUUACAGCGCUCUGUACAUUUUCAAUACCUGUCUGUGACGACACAGCUCUGUUUUGUUCUGGUAAAUUCGAGUAACAUUGUAAAAUUUGAUACAUUCUCACUUACACCGCAGUGAAAAUAAGUUUUUAAGAUGCCUUGUUGUUCGGAUGAUACUUGGAUGGCUUGUACUUUAUGCCGGGCUGGCAGAAGGGGACUGGAUACAUUGAAUAGAGUAAAAGAAAGACAGAUUACAUGGCCGGAACCAAAACCUCAACAAGACUAUAUGAUACAGGAUCCUGCAGUGUAUACAACCAUUGAUGAUGCAUUCUCUAACAUUAUUCAGUUCAUGUCAUCGACCAGUAGACAAUGUAAAAGAUACUAUCAGAGUUCAUCAUCAGGAUCAAAAAGUACACGUGAUAAAGGUCAUUGUUGUAGAUUUCACACUCCUCAAUACUCAGAAGUGCAGAAAAAGAAUCCAUUGCAGACAACUGAAGAUGUGCAUGUUGUGGUGGCACCUGGAACAUAUGCAGUUACAGCUGGUGGGUGGGGGACACCAAGACAACAAACUCAUGUUGUGCAUGUGGACCGUGGGCAAAGUGUUAAUCUCAACUUUAUGAUGUAGGAGGAGGAGGAAGAGGAGGGGGUCUGUAUGUGAACCGUCAGCAAUUUUAAUCUGAACGAUGUUUAUAUUGUAUAUUCAUGUAGGAGGGGGUCAGUUCAUCCAGGGUAUUAAAAUAAAUAAAAAAAUACAAUUUAAUGUAACCUGCCAUACACAAUGCAUACUACUUUAUUCAAAUUUGAACAUUUUAUCCCAAUACACUUCAAACCAUUGGCACUCACUCGUUACUCAACACCAUUCAGUGCUGCAGAAUGUUGAAACAUUCACUGUACUUGGCAAAUCCUUUUAUGUAAUGGUCAGCCAUGUUUUUCUUGGUGCCAAUUUCUAAUUGGUACCUAUUAUGUGUCUGUGAUCAUUUAUCGCAAGUUGGAGUAUUUUUAUUCGUUAUAUUUUUUUUAUUUCACAUCCACAGUUGUGGCCAUUUAAGGAAGACUAGUUAAUACACAAACUGCUUAAACAUAAAACUGCUGAGAUUAUAAAAAGACAACAAAUACGAAACAUCAAUCUGUAAUAUUAAACUCUUUUAACCCCUAUCUGGUCAAUUCAAUGUAAAAGUACAUGGAUCUGGCAUGUGCAGGUGAUGACUCUUUCGCUUCAAGUCAUGGUCAUGGUUUCGCUGUUUGAGUUUGCAGGACAAGUUGGAUCUCCCUGGAACCGUGCUCAGCUGAGAGAUGAAAUCGCACAUCUGAUGAAUUAAGUGAUUGUACACGUACGCAAUUUGUUUUAAAAAUCUUUAAGGCAAUAGUGGUUAGAUAUGUUUAGUGUUCAGCUAUGUAAUAAGUAUUCCACCCAAAGCACACAAAAUCAUUUGCAUAUUAUUACAAAACUAUCAUGUUGCACAACUUUGUGUGUUAUCAUUAAUGAUUAGAAAAAAUUGCAUUUGUAACAUUUAAAAACUUGUUUGAUUGAUCUGCAAUUAAAUGUCUAAUUUGAAUAUGCAAUUUUAUAUUUUUUUUCAAUCAUGGUCACAUGCUUUGAUUUGAGAAAACAAGGAAGUACUCAAUCUUGCAUACUUCUGGGCAUGUCAUGCUGAAAACUUUGUUGUAGUAUCAUUAGCAUAAGUAUUACAUGCUUAGUAUUUCAUGAAUAAAAACCUGGGGUGUCAUGCCACUUUUUCAUUUUUAA